CCUCCCCCCGCCUGCCUCAAUUGGAAAACAUGAAAUAUGCUUUGUGCAUUUUUGUUCACGAUCGGCUCCAGCAGAAAAUGAACAAUGACCUCCAUGGCUACUGGGACACUGCAGGAGCUUGUGUCCGCCGCUGCUUCCCUGCACCCUGACAGGACAGCUGUGACACAUGACAGUGGAUCAAAGUCAGGGAGCCCGGUGUCUCUGCUGUACAAAGAUUUGGUUGAACUGGCCGGGGAACUGUCUCAUAUUUUGCGCACGAACAUCUCUCCUAAUAACGGCGUCAUCGGGCUGUAUUGCAGUGAUGAUCUGUUUAUACCUGUCUGGAUUUUGGGGAUCUUGCAGUCACCUGCAGCUUAUGUCCCACUGGACCCAGAAGCUCCAGGACUUCUCUCUGCCAGAGUCAUGAACCAGUGUGGCCUCAAGUACUGUGCUGUGAAGACUGACCUCCUUCAGCAAUUCUGGACAGCUCUCACCAAACAAAUAACUGUGGACGUUUGUGUGGUAGUGCCCAAGUUCAAAUUAACCCUGGUACACAUCAAGCCUCUGUCUGUGGCUGAGCAUAACCGAGGACCAAAACACACUGUAACCCAGACAGCAGAUGGUGCUGCUGUCUGUGAUACAGCCGUGAUACAAAAGGACUCUGGACACAGGGACUUGGCGUAUGUGCUGCACACAUCUGGAACGACAGGUCCUCCAAAAAUUGUGAGGGUACCACAUAGGUGUAUACUCCCCAACAUACUGCACCUGAGAUCUUUGUUUAAGAUGAGUGCAGAUGAUGUGGUAUUCCUGGCCUCACCUUUAACCUUUGACCCCUCUGUGGUGGAUAUUUUCCUGGCUUUAUCAUCUGGAGCUCAACUCCUCAUAAUCCCUACCGUGAUCAAGAAAAUGCCCAAUCGACUGGCAAAGCUGCUGUUCAAGGAUCACAAGACGAGUGUCCUACAGGUCACGCCCACUCUGCUGGUUCGAUUCGGGCACCGUAUUCUGAAACAGGACGUGUUGUCAUCUGGCUCCUCGCUGCGAGUGUUGGCACUGGGUGGAGAGGCCUGUCCCUCGCCGGCUCUUCUGAUGAGCUGGAGGCAGGAGGACAACAAAACCCACAUCUACAAUAUCUAUGGUACUACUGAGGUGUCCUGCUGGGCCUGCUGCUACAGAAUACCAGAGUCUCUGCUGCAGUCCAGCAACCCACCAUGUAGCACGGGCUCCUCUGUGCCUCUCGGGACUCCUCUGAUGGACACUGUGGUGGAAGUCAGAGAUGAACAUGGCAGUCUUGUUACAGAGGGUGAAGGACAGGUGUUCAUAGGUGGCGACGCCAGAGUAUGUCUCCUGGAUGAUGAGGAGACUGUUGUCUCUGGGAUGAUGAGAGCUACUGGUGACUGGGUAAAUGUUAAAGACUCCCAACUGUACUACCUGGGACGCAGAGACAGGCUGAUCAAACGCCAUGGAAAGCGGGUGAACUUGGACAGCUUGCAGCAACUCAUAUUGAGUCUGCCCCAGGUGGAGGCUUGUGCUGUGGGUCUGUGUGAAGGUUCCCGACUUCUUGCCUUUGUUGUGGCGUCAACAUCUGGGGAUCAGAAAGUAGCCUCUCCUGUCCCAUCUGUACAGCAGCGUGUGGAACAAACAGCCUCAGCCUCAGCUGAGCAUCAGGAGGACCUCCCUGCUUUUAUUACACAUCACCAAGUUGAUUUGGGCAGCGAGGGUGGAGAUCUGAGGAGGCAGAUUCUGAAGCAGCUAUCUCUGCUGCUACCGUCAUACAGCGUUCCUGACACGCUGAUUCUCAUCCCGGCCCUGUCCCUGACUCCACAUGGCAAAGUAGACAUGGAGGCCCUCAUGAAAAUAUACCGACGACAGAGACGGCGUUUGGAGUGUUCACGUGAAGGUAUCGGCAAAAUAAAGCAAACUCUUCAGUCUUUGUGGCAGGAAGUUCUAGAUCUUGUUACCACUGUAGGAGUCAACUCGUCAGAGCUUUUGGAGAUGAUACUUGAUGGGACAUUUUCUGAUAUCCUGCACCAUGUUGCCAAAGUAACCCUGUCACCGCAGUUUGAGAAUAGCCCGCUAUCGCUGUCUGAGGGCAAGAGACCUGCUGAUGCUCCCAUUGGGGUUCUAGCGAAGAAAGAACGCAAAGGGACGCAACCUCCGGCAGCAGAAAAGUCACACAAGGAGAAAAAGGUUCUUAAAAUUAUAAGAAGAGCAAGUGAGGUAAUAGAAAUGAACAUCAGAGACCCAGAGCCAAAAAACUGUCAGGCUGACGCACUCAUGGAGUCCAGAGCUCUGGGCAUCAAUCUGAGCUGGUCUUCAGACACAGGCAGAUGUGUGGAUGCCUCCCCGGUGCUUCUAGUACAAGAAGGAACAAGUCUUAGGUCAGAUGUGACUGAAACAACAGUGUUCAUUGGCUCACAUUCUCACAGGGUGCAGGCUUUAGACCUGGACAGCGGGAGCCUUGUGUGGGAGCGAGUUCUCGGGGACAGAAUCGAGGCCUCGGCUGCCGUGUCUCACUGUGGGACUCUGGUGGUUAUAGGUUGCUAUGACGGCGGUGUGUAUUUCUUGUGCACUGCCUCCGGAGAGACACGGUGGAUAUUUGACACGGGAGAUGCUGUGAAGAGCUGUCCUGCUGUGGAUCCCCUCACAGGCCUGGUGAUAGUGGGCUCACAUGAUGGGUAUGUUUACGCCCUGAACCCAAAGGUCCAGCAGUGUGUGUGGAAGCGCCACUGCGGGGGCGGAGCUGUGUUUUCCUCUCCGUACUUUCAGCCCUCGCACAGACAGCUGUAUGUGGCGACACUGGGAGGACACCUGCUCUGUCUCAACCCGGACAGUGGAGAGGUUCUGUGGUCUCACAGCAGAGGCAUCCCGUUCUUCUCAUCACCAAACAGCUCCUCUGCUCGCGUGCUCAUUGGUUCUGUGGAUGGAAACAUCUGCUGCUUCAGCAACACGGGGAAACUGGUGUGGCAGUUUUAUACUCAAGGACCUGUCUUCUCCUCUCCGUGCAUCACACCAGACCAGCAGAGGGUUCUGUGUGGAUCACAUGAUGGUCGCCUGUACUGUUUAAGCUGUGCCGAUGGCUCUUUAGUUUGGACUUUCCAGACAUCAGGCAAGGUGUACUCAGCUCCAUUUGUGUUUGAUGCUGUGGGCAGGAGGGGGAGUCUGGUGGGACUGGCCUCUACAGAUGGCACAGUCUGGAUCCUGGAUUGUCAGGAUGGACAAAUGCUGGCCUCCCACACUCUACCUGGGGAGCUGUUUUCAUCACCAGUAGUCCACAAACAGUCUCUUGUGGUUGGGUGCCGCGAUGACUAUGUGUAUUGUUUAAAGCUGACUGUCAAAGAGGAAACGUAGAAACAUUGUUUAUGUACUGAAUUGAUAAUAAACAUUGUUUUUUUUCCUGAAUCUGGGUCAGAGCAGGAAGCAGGAUUCUAAUUAAAGCUCAGG